UGAAAUUAAUUUAAAGAAUAAAAGAGUUAAAGAAUAUUUGCAGGAGAAAGUUUGCUUGAUGAGUUUUCAAGAUUCCAUUUUUAUCGAAGGUGCUUUGAUUAGACAAUAUUUUGUUUAUCGAAUAUUCCAUUUUCCAGUUGUAAUUUUGGUUGAUUUUAUGCUAAGGAAAAACAAUAGUGCCAAAGUAAAGUGGUGUUUGGUUUCUUUCUGAGUCAAGGUUUUUAAAAGUGAAGAUUAGCUUUUAUUAAAGCUCAUGCUUUAGCAUUGUUUUGUCUUUAUACUUGGGCAAUGUGGAAGCAAUGAUCUUUAACCACAUAAGGUUUUAUGUGUCAUUUAAAAGUAGGAAACAUGUUCAAGGUGGUGAUUGAUUGACCCCUUUUCCUAAUCUCCAAAUAACAAGCACUUCCCUUUAAGCAUUCAUGGAGUUGAAUGUUGAUUUUGGAAGCCCUCUUUUCUCUUUCAUAUAAUAUAAGCGCCCUUUUUCGAGAAUCAAUAACAGAGAAUUGGAUACAUGGUUGUUGUUGAUCAAUCGAAUUCGUAUUUGGUUGAUUUGAUCUAGUGCAAUAUCUCAUAUCACUUGAAGUAGGUGGUGUACUUGCAAGGUGUCUGUGUUUGUUUAGAAGAUUGAAUUUCUCAAGAACAUCAAGGUUCAAUAAAUUAUUGAUUCUUCUGUAUACCUCUAAAAACCACCAAUGGAAGUCCGUACAGAUCCAUCAACUCCCAACUCGUUAGCAGAGCCGCAGUCUUGGCCUUGGACGCCCAUUGAAUCCCAAUCAUCCAUCUGUGUCGACAGCUCGUAUACCUCAAAGGGUGCGGACAAUCAAGCAGUUGGCGCCAGCAGUGGCUCAUCACAUGACCAAUCCGACGAGGAGGACAUUGAAAUAGAAGCUGGUUCCUAUGAUCACAGCGCGAACCCCAUUGAUGUCAAACGCAUCAAAAGGAUGGUCUCCAACCGCGAGUCUGCGCGAAGAUCUAGACGAAGGAAGCAAGCACACUUAGCAGAUCUCGAACAACAGGUGGAACAGUUAAGAGGAGAGAGUGCAACUCUGUUCAAACAGCUUGCUGAUGCUAAUCAGCAAUUCAAAGAUUCCACGACAAACAACCGCGUGCUCAGAUCAGACGUUGAGGCCCUAAGAGCCAAGGUGAAGCUAGCCGAGGAUAUGGUGGCUCGCGGCUCAUUGACAUCGAGCCUGAGCCAUGUUCUCCAAAACUAUCUCAGCACGCCACAGGACUACAUCAACAGCAUUCCCGGACUGAUGGGGAGCCAUGCAGAUAAUGGCUCUCCGUAUUCUGGGGUUGAUCAGAAUCCGGAGAGCUUCAGCAGCAACGGGGUGGUGGGAGAACCGGAGAUGUGGACUUGGGAGGGUCAUCCCAUUUCCAAAUGAAGGUUUAGGGGCUUUUCCUUGUUUUAUCCAUUUUAUGUUUUUGGAUGUGUUGUGGUGGACUUUGUGGUUCUGAAUUCAGUAAUACCUCAAUUUGAUUAA